AUGGAAUCAUGGCCUCACUCAUCUACUGCUCCUGUUUUUCUACGUGCACGUAAUUACCAGUGGUAUUGGAAUUCUACAGUCGAUCCGUGGUCUUCUGACGACGAACAGUGGCAAAAGUACACUGACGUUGAAAAUGAAAUUAUUGAAGAUGCAAAUAAUCAACAGAAGUUCGAUGUUGAAAUCGAUGGAGAUUAUAUAAUUAAUUUAGAAUAUUCAUUACAAUACAAGAGAGAUAAUGAAUUUACAGCACGUCCAAUUAAACGUGUUCAUUUCGGAAAAGAUAGAAGUAAUAUUCAUCCACGUGAAGAAAGGUUUUUACUAUCAGUGACACUUGCCACUUCAACAUGUUCAUCUCAGCAGUUGCAAAAUGAAAAUGAACUUGUUUGGCUGCGAACAUAUGGUUAUAUUACAAGUGCUUAUUGGGAAUUGGAAUUAAAAGACAAGAAUAAAACAAUUGCUGAUGUUGUUGAAGAAGCUGCUGAUGGAAUUAUUAAAGAAGGAUCAGCAAUUGGUAAACUACAUGAAGCACAAUGGAUCUCUCAACAAUUAGUGGCUGUGAAAGAUUUUGGUUCCAACACCAAAGUAGACUCUAUUAAAAACUUUCCAUCAAAUAUUGGUGAAACAUGUGUCUAUCUCUACACAAAAGAGUCAUUUUGGUAUAAAUUAACUAAUCGUGUUCUUCGCGAUCCGCAUUCCAUGAGUCGUAAACAAGUGAAAAGCUUAGGACCAUUCUGUUGGCUACUUGAUUGGUAUUUAUAUGAAAAUCCUACAACAGAUAUUCCAACAGUAUACCGUAGUUUAAAUCUAGACAACGAACAGCGGAAGCAAUUCAUGGAAGAAAUAAUGAAAUUCACAUCUUUUACUUCAACAAGUUGUAGCCGCAGCGUUGCUGAGUUUUAUGAUGGAAACACACUUCUCAUUAUUGAUGUAAAUCUGCGUGACAACAACCAUAAACAUAUUCGUUGCGGUAGAAACAUAUCGUCUUUAUCUGAUUUUCCUCAGGAAGAAGAAUUCUUAAUUUGGCCAGGGAGAGAAUUUGCAUUUGUUAGAUAUGAGUAUGAUAUUGUGAAGAAGAAACAUGUCAUUUAUUUAAAGUCGUCAAGUUGGGAUUAA